AGAAGUGUUGUCCGGUUCAACAGAUGGUGUAACUGGUUCAUACCAAUGAUCCGCGUCCGACUCCAAAACAAAGAGGAGAUUCAGCUCUUUUUAACGGUGGCUCAAUUUUUUCUGUAGUACGGAUUUUUGACGAGUUAAAUGAACUUAAAAAAAGGAAAGCUCAAAAGUAAAAAUAAAUGAUAUGCUUCUGAAAUCCAAAUGAUCUUUAUCAACACAAACCAAAUCUUCUGUGUAACAAUUAUUUCUACUUUUAUUCAAUGUGGUAUAAUUAAAAUUGUAGAAGAGCCAUUUUCGUUUAACAAUCCAAAUGCAAUUUUCUCCAUGUCUGGAAAUCUCAUUCACCAAAAAAUCCUGGAUCCAUCACUGAAACAAUAUCAGAUACUAUCACAGCUUAAAGUUCUCAUUACUCGGGUGAAACCUCAGAGACUAUCAGGUCCAUAUUAUUUAAUUGAAAAUCUGGCUGGUAAAUGCUUUAGCAAUGUGUUGAACAAUUAUAAAUACGAGUUUUGUCCAUUUGCAAAUGUUACACAGCGUGAACAAAGUUACAAAUGGAAUGCGUUUCGUGGUGUUCUUGGUGUUUGGAAAGAAUGGAAUAUAGAAAAUAACACAUUCAAAUAUAUGCAUAUGGUUCAUGGAGAUAUGUGUGCAGGUUCACUAGACAGAGAAAUUAAGGUUAACAUCACAUGUGGAGAAGUAAACAGCAUAUUACAUGUUAAGGAGCCAUCUAUGUGUAGAUAUGAAAUGACUUUUCAGACACCUUUUGCUUGUCCCGAAGAUAUAUUUUAUGUUUAUCCAAUGCUAACUUCUGAGGGACAAGCGAGAUGGAAUAACAUAGAGCAAGCGUAUGCUGAUAAUGAAAUUACUUUCAAAGGGUACUCAAACAAGAGAAAAAAUCUGUUUAUUGAUGAAGGACUAUUAGUUGAUGAUGUAUUAGAAAGUGAACGUAAAAAUCAACCAACAGUUUCAGAUGUUGAAAAUAAUUUAACAACAAUUGCUAGCAAUAUCACAAGCUUUGAGUCAAAUGCUCAAUGCAUGAAGGCAUAUCAAGAACUUUCGUCCGAGGUUACACGAUUACGUAUAAUCAUUGCUAAUCUUACAGCUAAAUUGAUUUCUAAUAAUCUAACUAAUAACGAAACGAUAAACUUCGCGAACUGAAAAAAUUUUGAACUAAAAUGUACUAAUGAAAUCAAAAUGUGCAAUAAUCAA